ACACACACAGACAUGUACAUACACACACACUGAAACAUGUACACACAUGCACAGAGACACAUGUAUACACACACAGACACAUGUAUGUACAUACACAGAAAUACACACGCACAGACACACGUACAUACACACAGACACAUGUACAUACACAUACAUGUACAUACGCACAGACACAUGUACAAUUGUACAUGCAUAUACAGACACACACACAUGUACACGUACAUACAUGCACCUCAUAAAAAGUUGCAGUACUUCGUUGUUCACUCACAGAUCCGGGUACUGCACUCUAGGGGAAGGCAAAGAGCACUGCAGGCACUCCUUGCUUUGCUUUCACUGCGCUCAGCUAUUGAGCAGUCCGACGGCUCCCAGUGCCAAUGACAGAUCCGGCCUGAGCUCCGAGCCUGCUCACAAGAUGGCCCUGGGGGACACACUUGCCCCCACCAUAAUUUCUACUCGAAUUGGCGAGCAGGCGAGUGGAAAUUUCAAGCCCUGUUCU